GAGGUCUAAGGGCGAAGGGGCGGAAACUAAGAGGACAAGUUGUGCGCGCGAGCCUGCCGGAGCCGGCCUGCCGAGCCUUGCUUGGGUCCUCGCGCGCUCGGGACCCGGCAGCCCCCGGCGCUGCCCAGUCCCCGGAGACAUGACCGAAGCGCGCAAGCGGAGGGAGCUGCUCCCGCUCAUCCACCACCACCUGGUGCAGGCGGGCUAUGUGAGGGCGGCGCGGGAGCUGAAGCUGCAGAGCGGCCAGAAAACUUUCCCAGAGCAAUCAGUGACCCUUCUGGACAUCUAUACCCACUGGCAACAAACUUCAAGAGUUGCUAAGAAACGCAAGGCAGAAGAAGCAGAUGGAGAAAUUCCCUAUAAGGUUAGAGUGUCUGAUCCUACAAGCAGCUCUGAGAGCUCAGAGGAGGAAAAGGAACAAGAGAGAAUGGGGAAAACAGUAAAAACCCUCAGAGUGCUGCACUCCAAUUCUGUAUCUGUGAUAAAGGACGCCCAAUGCAAGAAUUCACUGUCACCUAAAGAGAAAGUCAAGACAAAGAAUAAAAAAGGAACCGCGGUGACUUCUGCAUUACACCCUGACCCCCUUGAAGCACAAACCGCCUCUGGAAAGCCAGAUCCAACUGUGUCAGUGCAGUCCCAUUCCAAAAAAUCCCCAGCAGCCCCCAGAAAGCAGGCAACACAGCCUGCGAGCAAUAGCUUGGCCACACACAGUGAGGAAAAGGUCGCUUCCCCUGUUGUUAAGCCGUUUCCCAAACCUGCCACAAUGCCUCUGGACAAGAAGAUGGAGAGCAGCAAUGAGGACUCCUCAAGUGAUGAGACAGAUAUAGAGAUGGAGAAACCAAUGGGCAACUCUGUCCCAGUGAGAGGUGACCCUGUUGCCUUAGGUCCCACCAAGGGGAACCAAGUGAUUAUCCCAUCUCCUAUCAGAGUAGUGGCUAAGGUUCCUACAGCUAAGGAGGAGAGUCCAGAAGAGACUUCUGAGAGCAGUGAUGAAUCUGAGAGUGACGAUGAUACCCCGCCCCAGAGACAGGCACAAGAAGGGAAAACACCUCAUCUUGGGGCAGUACCAGCAUGGGAGGGCAAGACCCCUCCAACCACAGGGAAAACGGUCACUCCAUCCUCCAAACCGAAUUUGGGGCUGCCCUCCCAGGUAGCUGAGACCCAGAAGUCUGAGGAGAGUUCAGAGAGCAGCGAGGAGUCAGAAAGUGAAGAGGAGAAGGCAGAACUUAAGAGGCCACAGGUUAAAAUUGCCCCAGCCUCUGCUGUCAAAGUAUCCCCAGGGAAAGGAGUAAUUCCUGCUUCUGGUAAGCCAGUGGCUCCCCAGCUUCAGGUCCAGGCUGCGACACCUGGAAGUGCAGAGGCCAGUUCAGAGAGCAGCGAGGACUCGGAGAGUGACGGAGCCGCCUCAGCCCCACGAGGACAGGAAAUGUCAUCUGUGAAGUCUCCCCAGGCCAGCGCCACCCCAGCAAAUAGAACCCCUGCCUCCAGCCUCACUAAGGGGCCCCUGAGCAAAGGGACCCUCCAGGCUAAGGCAUCUGAACCCAGUGUUUCAGAAAACAGUUCUGAUAGUAGCGAGGAUUCUGAGACUGAAGAGAACAUCGUUGUGCCACAAACACAGGAGAAAUCAUCAGGGAAAGCUCCCCAAGCCAGUGCUACAAAAGUGAAAGGGACCCUUCUUGGUGCUGAAAAACCAGCGUUUUCAGUCCCCCAGGUCAAGAUGGAGCCAUCAGUGGCCCAAGCCAGGAUAGGGCCAUCAGCCAUAGCUUGGGAACCUGGAAGUUCAGAGUCUAGUUCUGAGAGCAGUGAGGAGUCUGGGAUUGAAGAGGAGAUCAAAACACCUCAGGGAAAGGAAAAAUCACCAGUGAAAAUUCUCCAAAAUAAUGCCAUAACAAAGAAAGUAGCUUCUGACCCCAGUCAGGGGCCCCAGGGGAAGGAGGCCCUUUCUACCCUUGGAAAAUCAAGAACUCGUACUGUUGAGAUUAGGGUGCCAUUGGCUGUGGACUCCUCUGGGUCAGAGACCACUGAGAGCAGCGAGGAGUCAGAAGGGGAAGAGGAGACUUCCACACUCCAGACUCAGGUGAGGCCUUCAGGGAAAACUCCAGUUAAAGCUACUCUUGCCCCGCUCCCCAAGAACCUUCUAGAGAAGGGGGCUCUUCAGCCUUCUGGGAAAACAGUGACUGCAGCUCCCAGUGCCGAGGGGGCCUCUCCAGCCAAAGGGGUGGGACCUGGGGGGUCAGAGGACAGUUCUGAGAGCAGUGAUGAGUCGGAAAGCGAAGUGGAAACUCCUACAUCCCAAGGACAGGCAGUAUCAUCAGUGAAAACUCCUCAGCUCAAAGCCUCUCCUUCCCCUACCACCAGGAGGCCGUUGGGAAAAGGAGUUCUUCCCACUUCAGGAAAGUUAGCAUCUGCAGCUUCCAAUGGCAAGGGGACAUCUCCCACCAAGGCCAUGGGGGCUGGGAAGCCAAAGGAGAGUAGUUCUGAGAGCUCUGAUGAGACAGACAGUGAUGUGGAAGUACCUGUGUCUCAAGGACAGACAAAACCGUCAGUGAAAGCUCCCCAAAUCAAUACCUCUGCACAGAAAUUGGACACCAUCACCUCCAUCUCUUCUAAAGGCACUCAGGGGAGAGUAUCUACUCCAGCUCCGUGUAAAUCAGGGACUUUGCCCCUCCAGGCCAAAACAGCAGGACCUGGGAGACCCGAGGACACUUCUGAAAGCAGUGAGGAGUCGGAAAGUGAGGAGGAGAGCCCAGCAUCCCGGGGACAGGCAAAGUCCACCAUGAAAGCUUCCCAAGUCAAUACCCCUCCAGGAAAAGGGGCUCCCCUCACGCCUCUCGCUUCUCAAGGCACUCAGGGGAGAGUAUCUACUCCAGCUCCCUGUAAAUCAGGGACUUUGCCCCUCCAGGCCAAAGCAGCAGGACCUGUGAGACCCGAGGACACUUCUGAAAGCAGUGAGGAGUCAGAGAGUGAAGAGGAGAGCCCAGCAUCUCAGGGACAGGCAAAACUGGCAGUGAAAACCCCUCAAGCUGACACCAUCUCAGGCAAAGGGACCUCUGUCUCCCCUAAGGGCACCCAGGGGAAGGCAUCCACUCUGCCCCCCUUGAAAUCAGCGACUGUACCUCUCCAGGCCAAAGGAGAAGUCCAACACAAGAUAGGUUGGCUUGGGAAACCAGAAAAGACUUCAGAGAGCAGUGAGGAUUCAGAGUGUGAAGAUACCAUCCCAGUAUCUCAAGUCCAGGUAAAACCUGGAGUCAUACUUCCUACAGUUUUGGAGGGAAAGAAAGAGACUACUGCAUCAUCUCCUAAGAAGUCAGCAGUUCCCUCCCUUCAGGCCAUGAAGGUGGAUUCCAGCAGCUCAGAAGAGAGUUCCAGCAGUAGCGAUGAGGUGGUGAUGCCUGCAACCCAAAGACAGGCAAAACCCACAAUGAAAGCUUCCCAAGUCGAUACCCCUCCAGGAAAAAGGGCCCCUGUCACUCCUCUCUCUACUAAGGACACUCAAGGAAGAGUAUCUACUCCAGCUCCCUGGAAGUCAGGGUCUGUUCCCCUCCAGGCCAAAGCAGCAGGACCUGGGAGACCUGAAGACACUUCUGAAAGCAGUGAGGAGUCAGAGAGUGAAGAGGAGGUAAACCCAUCUGCCCAAAUCCCCCAGAGGAAAGCUGCUGAGAAGCCAGCGGCCCCUGUCACCACUGUAGAGGAGACAUCAUCAGAAAGCAGCCAGGACACAGAAAGUGAAGGAGAAGUCCCAACUCCUCAGGGGCAGAUAAAAACUGCUUUGAAAAGUAUCCAGAUCAAUACAACCUCAGGAAGAGAGAGCAGGAGCACACCAGCCUCAGGAAAACCUGUGCCUUCCUCCCAGGCCACAAAAACUGAGCCAAUAAGCCCGGAAGAGCCUUCUGAUAGCAGCGAGGAAUCCGAAAGUGAAGAUGAGGUCAUCUCAGUGCAGAUAAAAACUAUAAUGAAAACUCCUGAGGUUGCUGCAGUCUCAGCAAGAAAGAGCGAGCCUGUACCAGUCCCUAGGAAGUCUGCGAUUCCACCUCCCCAAACCCAGGUGGGGCCUCCAGCCCAGGGUGCUGGAACCUCAGGGUCAGAGGAAAGCUCCAGCAGCAGUGACGAGUCUGGAAGAAAAUUGGUUUCAUCAGGGAAGAAGGAUGAAAAAGCUGGAACUGUCAAGAACAAUGUAGGGAAAGUGUCUACUGCAUUGCCAGACAAGCAAUUGGCUGCACCUGACACUACCAGGAACCAGAAAUCUGAGAGUAACAAUGGAGAACCGACAACUACCCAGGUGAUUAAAAACCCUCUGAUUUUUGUCGGCCCCAAACAUAGUCCAGCCGACAAGGCUGCUGUCUCCACGAAAGCCGGGACAGUUCCCAGGAAGAGACAAGUAUCAGAGAACAGGGAACAAAGCUCAUCUGAGAGUGAGAAUGAUGCGAUCCCUGAUACCCAACAUCCAACUCUUCCUACAAUAAAGGUCAGCAUGGUGAAAGUGGCCCCCAUGUGCCAAAAGGCAACUUGUUUACCCAGCACUGGCCAGCCUGAAGCUAGUAGUGAAGAGUCCAGUAGGGAGUCUGCCUCUGAGGAACAGGGAACAGGAACCUCCCAGACCAUUUGUGACAAGAACAAAACAACUAAGCAGGACAAGAAAUCUAAGCUUGCUGAGGGGACCCAAGCCACAGCUAACCAAGACAGCAUUUCUGUGACUGCUAGCAAUGGUACAAAGAGUGAGAAAGAAGACCCAAAUGCAAUCAGAGCAAAGCAGACACAAAGUCUAGGUCUUUCCCCCAAGGGCAAAGCUUCUGUGAAGACAGAGAGCCCCGAGGAUUCUAGUGAAGAUGAAAUUAUAGAGCCUUCCCAGUCUAUCCUUUCAGCCUAUGCAUUUCCCAGUUCAUCUCUCCCUAUAUCCAUCAACCCUCAGCUACAGAAGGCACCUCCUAAGCAAAGACCUGAAGCAGUUGCCUCUGCAGGCCCAGCUCAGCCAGCAUGUUCCAAAGAAAGUCCUCAGGAUGACAGCAGUGAUUCUGAGACCGACAGUGAAAUAGGAUCAAUAGAGAAGCCUCCCCAAACGGGAAAAGAACUUAAGAUCUCAGUCUCCAGGCGUCAGAUGAUAAGAAAGGGGUUCAAACCAGGAGCAGUCAAUUGUAAAACUACUUCACCCAAACAGGGGAACGACUGUCAAAGUCCCAUGCAGACUAUGGUUCCUUCCAACCUCCCUUCUCUAAUUCAGCACCAGGUCUCAAACGUUAAUGAGAACUCAGAGCUUAACAGUACAUUCUUCAAUUCCAAAGCCUCUGGAAUAACAAUGCUCAGUGACCUGCCACAAAUAGAGAAGAAAAAAAAGAGCACUGAAUCCCUAAAGCCAGGCAAGGGGAGCAAAAAGUCAAAACCAAAACGAAAACUGACUGAGGAGAGCCCUGUUGCUAAAGCCCCCAAGAGCAAGAAAAAAAAGCUGAUGGGUGAAAUCCAUAAGGAUGGGGAGGCUUUACAAGAAAAAACCCCUGGAACUCCCCAAGUGGGGAAGACAGAGAAAGCCAGUAGUGAUGCUAAAGAAAUGAAGCUAAAGGGGCAGCAUCACUCCAAGAAGAACAAAGGGAAGCCAGAUGGAAAUGUUACAGUCACAGUGGGAGAAAGUAGAGAAAUGCUAGGUACCAAGACCAAAAAAAUGAAGAAGCAUAAAAAGAAAUCUGACAAGAAGAAAAAGGACAAGGACAAAAAGGAUAAGAAGAAGAAAAAAAAUAAGUCCACUUCCAAAGAUUCUAACGCUGCCUCAGUAUCAUCCCUCAAGAAAGAGAAGAAAAAGAAAAAGAAAAUUAAACAAGUAGACUGAGAGGCAUUAAGCAGCAGGAUUUUUCUAGCCAACUUUUGAAUGUCUAUGCCAACCUCUCCCACCCGGGGAAAAAAAUCCAACCAAAUCCCAGCCCGACCUAUGAGCCAGUGGAUCCAGCAGGAACACACUAGGGUAACGGGAAGGAGCGCUGUGCUCUCAAACGUGUCCCUAAUGAAUUGAGUGAUCUCCAUAGAGAUUUUACCUAAUAUUUAUAUGUAUAUAUAUAUAUGUAUAUAUAUAUGUACAGUAUUUUUUUUAAAAGAGAGACUCUACCCUUCUCCUGCUGACAUUUCCAUUUCCAAAGGCCUUUAGUAUUCCUCAACUUGGGAAACUUCCCUUCCCCACUUUGCUUGGAAGAUCUGGACAGUGCUGCUGCUGCUGCUGCCAUCAACGGGCACAGAGUGGGCUCCUUCUGCUGGAGUCUGGCUCACACAGGCUUCACUUGAGCGGCUUUCCCCGUCCUUGUUAUCUUUUUACCUAACUUGUUUAUAAAAAUCUGCUAAUAAAAGAUUGGUGUGGAAGAA